CAUAUAAGAUAGCUUGUAUCUUGGACCGCCCCAUUUAGUCUCCUCUUACGACAAGCAAGGGGUACUUAGGAUCUAUGUUAAUCAGGAUCCCCAUGGGACAUUUAAAAAGAUACAAUCAAAACAUUUGGAUUAUUUUGUUUAUUUUUAAUUCCAGACAAUUUUGAAAUGAGGCGCAGUGUGAUAGUGGUGUUUUUGUUCUACCUUACGCAAACGAUUAACACCGAACAAGUACAGAACUAUAGCUCUUUCGGAUAUUCCUUCCCGGUGAAUUACGCAGAGAAAUGUCCACGGACUGCAGAAGAGUGGGACAACUCUUCACGACGAUUGAACUGUAGCAAAACGCAUGUAUAUCAUUGUGCUCCUGACAAGAAUCUCUCAUCUCUUAUCGAAUUCUGUUAUCCAAGUAAAGGAUAUAUGUUUCAAAAAGGAAAUUGUCUAGAACUGGCUGACGUUGGAAUCCUAAACCAUGUCAAAUGUGGACACUUUUCAUUUGGCUGUCCAGACAAAGAUUUCUCUGGCAACGAAAUCUAUAAAUUUCCAAGCUGUUUGUCCAUCGCUGCCAACUGUUUUACAGCAGAUGUUGAAUGUCUUAACAAAAAGUGUUUGAAACAAGGGUGUAAUGGGGUACCAAAAACAGAAGACAGAAGUACUGAUAGUCCCUCGAAAGAUAACAUAUACCUUCCAUGGUUCGUUGUUUCGUUGGUAUUGUUCUUCCUCUCAGCUGGGCUCAAUCUAUAUCUAGGUUGGCAAAGAAUUAAAUCUACAGAGGAAGAAAGUCAUGAGCACGAUAGACUUCUUGAAGAAAAUACAUCAGCAAAAAGUAGCAGAACUAAAGAACAAAGAAAGGACGAAUAUCGUGCUGGUAAGCAUAAACUAUCACAUCAUACAUGUAUGCCAUGUGUUAUGGUCAGAAUUAACCCUGAGAUCACAUACAUUGAGAAGGAAAUUUUUUCUGACUAUGCCGUUGAGGAGGCUGAGAUAUUUCAACUUUUGAAAAGGCAAUGUCUAAAUGAUGAAUAUACUGGUUUUCAGUAUCUUGUUAAAACAAGAAUCAAGUCAAAAGGGGAAGGUUGUAUAAAAAUAUUUUGUCAACGUGACGAAUAUGGAUGUACUCUACUUCAUUAUGCUGCUCAAGGGGGAUCGAUAUUCAUCUUAAAAGAAAUCUUGAAGAGUGCUCCCGCAGAGGUCAAAUCCCACAACGGUCAAACUAUUCUCCAUUAUGCAAUUAGAUAUCAGCAUAAAGACAUGAGUCUAUAUCUGAUCAACACCUACGAAACACUCACAAAAGAUUACCUUGUAAAGGAAUGUAAUCCAAGUCCAGGGAUUGGAUCAGAAAUGUGUUCCUCGGAAGAAUAUUGUGAACCUCUCCACUGGGCUGCAUGGAAUGGUGAUAUGAAAAUUCUAGAUGACUUAAAACAAGCUAAUAUUGACAUACGGCGAUUAACAAAGAAUGGUCUUAGUAUACUUGAUAUCGCAUGCUUGAAAAGCAAACCCAAUUUCUGUCUGCAUAUUUUAGAAAAUGAAAAAGGAAUAAAUCUUGAUAAAAAAGACGCAUGUGGAUGGAAUAUUGCUCAUUAUGCUGCAAGAUCAAAUAAUGUAGAGGUGUUGGAACAUUUGAGGACCAAGAAAGAAAGCUUGAUCACAGACAUAACGCACACAAAGAAAACUACUUUCCACAUUGCGUGUGAAUAUGCACAGCUUGAAGCUGUGAAGCAUCUUACCGAAACACAGGAAUCACUUUUACUCUGCAAAGAUGAACGCGAAUGGAAUGCAUUGCAUUAUGCGGCGAAAGGUGGCAACUUACAAAUUCUCAGAUUCCUUGUGAAGGACAAGAAGAUGAAGAUCAGCUCUCGCACUAAGGAAAGUAAAAAUCUUCUACAUGUUGCAUGUACUUAUAAACAAGGGGAUAUCUGCAAAUAUGUAGCGCAAAAACAUAAGCACCUAGUAAAUGAGACGACUACAAUGGGAUGGUUGCCUGCUCACUAUGUUGGAGUAGAGAGUAAAGGAGAUGGAAGAGAAGAGAAGAUUGUAGAUAUUUUAUUUGAUUGCGGAAUGAAUAUAGAACAAAUAAAGCAAAAAACCAAGGACGGAUAUUCUGUUCUCGGUGUAGCGAUUUAUCACCGAAAUGGAAAGCUAUUGAAAUAUCUUUCAUCGAUGAAAGACAAAAUUGGCUUCCGUUUAGAUAUAAAAUUUCUUCUGGAAACUUUGGAGGAAACAAAGGAUAGCAUUAUGAGAAGUAUUCUUGAAAAAGAAGUGAAUGAAAGGCAGAAAAAAAUGCAAAACUAGUGCAAUAUCUUUUGUCGAGAAAAUACAGAGAAGUUCUCGAUAAAACUAAAGAAUCUCUUCUGAAAAUUAAGAAGGAAACUAGGGAUAGUGAUAUGAGAUACAUUCUUCAAAAAGCCCUGGAUGAAAUGUAGAGAGACGCUAAAAAGAUACUCUAUUAAUAAUGUUUACAAAGUAAAACUUGUAUGAAAUUAAGAUGUGGAUGGCUAUCCGUUUUGUGCACUAAUGACUUUCAAUUAGGUCACCUGAGUCAUCCAGGUGACCUAUUGCUAUAAGUUUGUGUCCGUCGUCGUGCGACGUCCGUUGUCCGUCGUGCGUUAAUAAUAAAACUUUUUUUCACUUCUUGACAACUACCGUUCCAGUUCUUUUCAAAUUGGUAUAUAUAAAGUAUAUUUGGGACAAGGGGGUAUAAAUUGUGAAUUUGAGGUAUCACGCGUCCAGGGGCCUAUGGGACAGGGCAAAGAGAUUAAAAUACCCUAUUUGCAAAACAUUUUCUAUAUAACCGCACUUAUGUAUGACAGCCUAACUUCAUAGUCAUGUAGGUGAUCCCAGGGACAGAGCUUUUGGUACCAGGGUGGGGUCAGAAUGGUCAUAGUGAUUAUAUAUCUUAACAUAGCUCUUGGGGCUAGCGACACUUUAAUUUAUGCUCGGAUGAUCGAUAAGACAUGUGACCUUGUUAUUUUGAAUGAAUAGUUGUUAUCAUAAAAUAGUUAUCGUGUCCCAUGGGUAAGAAAAAAAAAACAAAAACAAAAA